GGGAAAGCACCGCGAAAUCUCGCUGGGUCUCGCGAGAGUCCAAGUUGAAGGAACAUGGCGACGUCUAAUCUGUUAAAGAAUAAAGGUUCUCUUCAGUUUGAAGACAAAUGGGAUUUCAUGCGUCCUAUUGUUUUGAAGCUUUUACGCCAGGAAUCUGUUACAAAACAGCAGUGGUUUGAUCUAUUUUCGGAUGUUCAUGCUGUCUGUCUCUGGGAUGAUAAAGGCCCAGGAAAAAUUCAUCAGGCUUUAAAAGAAGAUAUCCUUGAGUUUAUUAAGCAAGCACAGGCACGAGUACUGAGCCAUCAAGAUGACACAGCUUUGCUAAAGGCUUAUAUUGUUGAGUGGCGGAAAUUCUUUACACAAUGUGAUAUUUUACCAAAACCUUUUUGUCAACUAGAGAUUACUUUGCUAGGCAAACAGAACAGCAACAAAAAAUCGAAUAUGGAAGAUAGCAUUGUUCGAAAGCUUAUGCUUGACACAUGGAAUGAAUCCAUUUUUUCAAAUAUAAAAAAUAGACUUCAAGAUAGUGCAAUGAAGCUGGUUCAUGCUGAACGAUUAGGAGAAGCUUUCGAUUCUCAGCUGGUUAUUGGAGUAAGAGAAUCUUAUGUUAACCUUUGUUCUAAUCCUGAGGAUAAACUUCAGAUUUAUAGGGAUAAUUUUGAGAAGGCAUAUUUGGACUCAACAGAGAGAUUUUAUAGAACACAAGCACCCUCAUAUUUACAACAAAAUGGUGUACAGAAUUAUAUGAAAUAUGCAGAUGCUAAAUUAAAAGAAGAAGAAAAACGAGCAUUGCGCUAUUUAGAAACAAGACGAGAAUGUAACUCUGUUGAAGCACUCAUGGAAUGCUGUGUAAAUGCCCUGGUGACAUCAUUUAAAGAGACUAUCUUAGCAGAAUGCCAAGGCAUGAUCAAACGAAAUGAAACUGAAAAGUUACAUUUGAUGUUUUCCUUGAUGGACAAAGUUCUGAAUGGGAUAGAGCCAAUGUUGAAAGACUUGGAGGAACAUAUCAUUAGUGCUGGCCUGGCAGAUAUGGUAGCAGCUGCUGAAACUAUUACUACUGACUCUGAGAAAUAUGUUGAGCAGUUACUUACAUUAUUUAAUAGAUUUAGUAAACUUGUCAAAGAAGCUUUUCAAGAUGAUCCACGAUUUCUCACUGCCAGAGAUAAGGCUUAUAAAGCAGUUGUUAAUGAUGCUACCAUAUUUAAACUUGAACUACCAUUGAAGCAGAAAGGAGUGGGAUUGAAAACUCAACCUGAAUCAAAAUGCCCUGAGUUACUUGCCAAUUACUGUGACAUGUUGCUGAGAAAAACACCAUUAAGCAAAAAACUAACCUCUGAAGAAAUUGAAGCAAAGCUCAAAGAAGUGCUUUUGGUACUUAAGUAUGUGCAGAACAAAGACGUUUUUAUGAGGUAUCACAAAGCUCAUUUGACACGACGUCUUAUAUUAGACAUCUCUGCUGAUAGUGAAAUUGAAGAAAAUAUGGUAGAGUGGCUAAGAGAAGUUGGUAUGCCAGCAGAUUAUGUAAACAAGCUUGCUAGAAUGUUUCAGGACAUAAAGGUAUCUGAAGAUCUGAACCAGGCUUUUAAGGAAAUGCACAAAAAUAAUAAAUUGGCUUUACCAGCUGACUCAGUUAAUAUCAAGAUUCUGAAUGCUGGUGCCUGGUCAAGAAGUUCUGAGAAAGUCUUUGUCUCACUUCCUACUGAACUGGAAGAUUUGAUUCCUGAAGUAGAAGAAUUUUACAAAAAAAAUCAUAGUGGUAGGAAAUUACACUGGCAUCAUCUCAUGUCAAAUGGAAUUAUAACAUUUAAGAAUGAAGUAGGUCAAUAUGACUUGGAGGUGACCACGUUUCAGUUGGCUGUGUUGUUUGCAUGGAACCAAAGACCUAGAGAGAAAAUCAGCUUUGAAAAUCUAAAACUUGCAACUGAACUCCCAGAUGCUGAACUUAGAAGGACUUUAUGGGUUUGUUUUAAAUUAUGUGUCAUUGCAUGCAUAUCUAUCUAUCUAUCUAUCUAUCUAUCCAUCCAUCCAUCCAUCCAUCCAUCCAUCUUGCAGUUAUUUGUCUUUAGAAAAAAUGCAAAAGUUCAGAAAAGGGGUAAAAUCAACUUAAUUGGACGCUUGCAGUUAACUACAGAAAGAAUGAGAGAAGAGGAGAAUGAAGGAAUAGUUCAGCUAAGAAUAUUAAGAACCCAGGAAGCCAUCAUACAAAUAAUGAAAAUGAGAAAGAAAAUUAGUAAUGCUCAACUGCAGACUGAAUUAGUAGAAAUUUUGAAAAACAUGUUCUUGCCACAAAAGAAAAUGAUAAAAGAACAAAUAGAAUGGCUAAUAGAGCACAAGUACAUCAGAAGAGAUGAAUCGGACAUCAACACUUUCAUAUAUAUGGCAUAGUUCUGAAUAUCAUGGACGAUGUUAAGAACCCAGAUUUUGAAGUGCUUGGGCAGAAGUUGUCUCAGUUUGAGCUGGAGAAAGGUUUAUUUGGACUUGGAUAACAUAAAUAUUAAAAUCUCUGCCUUACCUUACAGAACAACUAUAUUUUGCCAAUCCCAUUAGGUAGCAUGGUGGCACUCCUUCAUGCGGCACACUCUGCCAGCAUGCUGUUCUGCGGAGAAACUUGCACUCAUGAAGAGCCAUUAUGAACUUCUAAAAGUGAAUUUGUAUUUACCCACCAGGAGAAGUUCAGUUGAGAAGGGUGAGGACAGGGUUCUAGUUGCUUUUCUCUUUUUCCUCUUAAAAACAUGUACUUGCACAAGGAAGGAUAUUCAGAUUCAUGCACUGAAAAGUACUGUUGUCUUUUGUUUUACAAAAUUCAAUUAAAUCUCUUGGUUUUUAAUGGCAGAAUGAGCUGGUCAGCACCACACUGGGAGAGGGCAGAUGAAGGCAAGAAGAUGAAGAUUAGUUAGCAGGGUGAUUAUUUGUUCACACGCUGCUUUCAGUUUGAACAACUGCAUUUCAGUGGUGACCUCAAAAAUCUCCACCUUUCUAAUACUGGUUUUCUGAUGCAGGAGAUGACUGUCUUAGUUAAUUCGUUGAGUGAGCAGUAAUUUUGUUCUUUUUUCAUCUUAUAUGGCUGGAGGGCUUGUGAAAAAGUGAAGUUUGUUAAUUGUUGCUUCGGUUGUUAAAAUUUUAUGGAAAUAGAUCAUUAUGAUUACAGAGUCAAGCAAAAACAUUGAGUGUAUUUACUAACACUUAAUAUUUAUAGUCCUAAUAUUUAUUAUGCCAUAUCUCAGUUUCUGAAAAUGCAGAAAUCUCCUGCUCUACUACAGUGCAGUUGUGGAACUGAUCUCUUAAGGUACAACUGUUUCAGUAUUUCAGUCUCAUGAGUAAGGAAUUAAUAGCCUCAGGUUUCUGGGGAAAAAAGUUGUUCUCUUUUAAAAAGUAAUGGUUGCCAGUCAUCUGGGAGGAAGGGGAAAACCACAACAUAUGACCCCAAAAGUAUAAGCAAAGUUGUUACAAUCUCAAUAGGAGCAGAAAACUUGCCAAAUAUGUACAUAUAUAUUUAUAUAUUUUAAAAAUAAACAUUUUUUUAAGAUGUCCAGAAGGCAACACUUGUUCCUUUCAGUCAAUCCAAAGCAGCAGCCUGUUGGUUGCUGGCCGCGUACUCAGAGCAGCGGAAAUGUCAAGGACUGGAGGAUUUGAACCACUAAAAAGUCAACAAUUCAUUCCUCAUUGGGAAAGAAUGGCUCAACAUGGAUUUUAUUCACUGUGGUGCACGUUUCAAAUUUUCUUGCAGUUUGCUUUUUAUCUUUUUGGAUGUUCAAUUAUAUUUUAAAGUAUGGUUUUGGAGCUAGAAAAAAAAAUGGAGCACUGAAAAUCAGCAUACAGUAUUAUUUUGUAGCAGAAUGUUUUGAGAGCAUUUCAUGGAAUCUGUUCUAAUCCCAGAAGUUUUGUGAGCUCCCUGCUAGAAGGAAGAGAAAGUAAGCUUAAAACAGUAAAGUUUUGCUGGUUCUAGUCAGUUAUCUGUUCUGAAAUUCAUAGGAAAUUGGAGUUUUGUUUAUAAUUUAAAAUCCUAAACUUCAACUCUAAGGUAGGAAUUAUUAGGCAAAGCAUAUUGUGAAGGAUUAAUGUAGUACUCAUUGUUUUCUCUAAUUAGAUGACUGCUGACAGUGGAUAAAUUUACAAUUUAGAGGAAAUAAUUUUGUAAUGAUUGUGGCCCUUAUGUAACGAAUCGUUUGGUAUUGACAUUUGUCCCUUAAUAGGAAUGCCAGGAAAGGAGGAAGCAUAAUCAUUUUGGUCAUUUAUCUUAAGAACAAGAGCCAGGAUGUUUUGAUUUAUGAAGGAAACUUUAAUGCAAAAUGGGUAACACUAAAUCCAUAGCAAAGUUUUCUAUUAAAUUUUUUAUAAAUUUUUAAUAGCUAAUUAUGUCCUGAUUGUAUUUUGGGAAAUGAACAACAGCAAAUACUGUCAACUUAGACUUUUUACCCCCCACCUUUUUUUUGGGGGGGGUGGUAUGUAUGCAGAAGUUCAACUACUUUUUGGUGUUUGUCAAGACCAUUGUUUAAUUUCCUUUGUUUUGACAAUAUAGCUGUUAAUUUAAUUUAAAAAAGAAUAAAAAAUAUCAAACACUGCUGUGGAAUAUGCUAAAGGUACCAUAUCACAGUAUUCAUCAGGUCCCUUCUCAGCACUGAAGUGCUGAGCGAGCAGAGGUGAAAUGAUGUCAUUGAGAGAGAAAAAAAAUGUGACCCUUCCUGCUCCAACACUUUAUAUUGUUAUUUAAUGAGUAGUGUAACAGGAAUAUGCUUCAGGUGAAUUUAAGUUUUGAACAUUCAUCUUGUUAUUUAAAGAUGAAGUCAAUUAUGCCAGGUGUGAUGGUAUGCAUCUUUAAUCCCAGUGCUCAAGGAGGCUGGGGCUGGAAGAAAGAAUUUAAAGCCAGCCUGGAUGACAUAGUGUGUCUCUAUCUCCAAAAACAAAAGAAGAGAUGGAGCAACCUGAAAAUGUUAGCCUUGUUUGAAACCCCAUUGUGAGAAUAAGUAGACACAAAACAAAUUUUGAAAAAUGAUAAUGACAAUUUUGAUGCUAGCAUAAAUAUUUGAAUGUUAUUGCACCAAUAAUUCAAUGAGGAUCUUGGAGUAAAUUCUGAAGUCUUCCAAUUUUUACAUUUAUUGGAGGGGUUCCUGAGUUUCCCAAACCAUUUAAGUAAGUCUGUUUUGUGCAUAAAUGUUAACAUUUCCAAAAAAUGAAAGUUAAUUUCACUUUUUAUUAAGUUUAAUACAAAAUAUGACCCAGUAGCUAAAAGGGAUUUUGCAUUAUUUUCAGUAGAUACCAUUAGCUCUGCUCAAAGGGCAAAUUUUAGAAUUCAAUUUGGGUGAAAGAUUUGCUUGUUUUACAGAAGAUUUUUGCUAUCUUAGACUCAAGCUGGUUUUUCUAUUCUCAUGUAAAUGACUGGAUGCUGUCUUACAAAUUCCUCCAAGGUCAUGGUUGGGAAGUAGCACAUUAUGUGAGAGCUUUCCUGUCAUCUACACUGUCGUCCGGAGUGUUGAACAAACUUGAGUUCCUGAGGCGUGUUCUGUCCUCAUGGUCUGUUCGUCUUGAAUGUGCGCCACUACAUACCGAGAUGAGAAUGCUGUAUGAUUUUAAUGGUAGUUUCUGUAUGCAGUAGGCCAAAAUAUUUUGAUGAACUGCUUAAUUUUUUGGAUUUUAUUUUUUAAGUUGUAUAAUUUAUUUUCUUGCAAAAUAAAAAAUGUAAUAUAAAAGCUUUCA